GACCCAGACCUGGGCUCAGUUUCCUGCUUUGCGUCCUCGGGCGGCUGCUUUCACCUCUCAGAAUCAGCUUCUUCCUCUGCAAAGGGGAGUAGUGGGGGACAAUGGGAACGCUACAUCCAGAAAGCUCUUAGCCCGGUGCAGUGGCAAAGCGCGAGCCCACCCAACAGGCUCUGCCUUUCUUCCACAGAAGAUGGCAGUGAACGUAUACUCCACGUCAGUCACCAGUGAUAACUUGAGUCGACAUGACAUGCUGGCCUGGAUCAAUGAGUCCCUACAGUUGAAUCUGACAAAGAUUGAACAGUUAUGCUCAGGGGCUGCCUAUUGUCAGUUUAUGGAUAUGCUGUUUCCUGGCUCCAUUGCCUUGAAGAAAGUGAAGUUCCAAGCUAAGCUAGAACAUGAAUACAUCCAGAACUUCAAAAUACUACAAGCAGGUUUUAAAAGGAUGGGUGUGGACAAAAUAAUUCCUGUGGACAAAUUGGUCAAAGGAAAGUUCCAAGACAAUUUUGAGUUUGUUCAGUGGUUCAAGAAGUUUUUUGAUGCCAACUAUGAUGGAAAAGAAUAUGAUCCUGUAGCUGCCAGACAAGGUCAAGAAACUGCGGUGGCUCCCUCUCUUGUUGCUCCAGCUCUCAACAAGCCUAAGAAGCCACUUAGCUCCAGCAGUGCAGCUCCACAGAGGCCCAUUGCAACACACAGAACUACUGCAACUCCCAAGGCUGCCCCAGGUGUGGUGCGAAAGAAUCCUGGUGUGGGUAACGGUGAUGAUGAAGCAGCUGAAUUGAUGCAGCAGGUCAACGUAUUGAAACUCACUGUUGAAGAUUUAGAAAAAGAAAGAGAUUUCUACUUUGGAAAACUAAGGAAUAUUGAAUUAAUUUGCCAGGAGAAUGAGGGGGAAAACAACCCUGUAUUGCAGAGGAUUGUGGACAUUCUGUAUGCUACAGAUGAAGGCUUUGUGAUACCUGAUGAAGGUGGACCACAGGAAGAACAAGAAGAAUAUUAAUAGCCUGAACCAGCAGAACAACAUCUGAAUUCUUCACUCCAAAUCAUGUGCUUAACUGUAAAAUACUCCCAUUUAUUAUCCUUAGAGGACUCACUGGUUUCUUUUCAUAAGCAAAAAAGUACCUCUUCUUAAAGUGCACUUUGCAGAGUUUCACUCCUUUUCCAAUGAGUUUGAGUUAGGAGCUUUUACCUUGUAGCAGAGCAGUAUUAACAUCUAGUCGUUCACUUAGGGAACAAAGAGGCUGACCUUGGGGCGCAUCAUGUGGAUGCUGGCAACACUGAUCACUGGAAAAGGUGUUUCAGUGUAAUAAGCUGAGGUGGAUACCUCAGUAGAAAACAUAAAGACUGAAUUCAAUUUUAAACUAAUGUGAAAUCUUGGCAGAGAUCAUUUUAAUAAAUAAAUGCCUUAAGAGUAUUUAAAAUAUGCUUCCAUAGUUCAAAAUAUAAAAUAGAACCUGAGAAGAAAUUCUGUGUGUUUGAUAAACUGUGUCUGGGGAAGGACCAGACAAUGGAACCUGCUGUUCACAGGCCUUGUAGGACUGCUUAACUCCUCAGAGGCCUCAAUAUUGGCCCGAAAGGAAAGUUUAAAAAGUUGCUCUGCAAAGCCAGAUGUCCUUGACCAGUUGCAUCCCUCCCUGCUAAGAAGCAUUGUUGUCUGGAUGAAUAUAAGGUGUGUUUUAGCCCUGAGACUUCUGAGUUGAAGAACAUGAUUUUGGUUGAGUAUUUCUUUGAUUUUUCUAAAUAAUCUAAAAUUUCUAUGUGUGUGUGUGAUAAUUUUUAAAAUUUUUUUUUUUUUAAAUAAAGUAAUGAGGUGUGUCCAGUGCUAACGAUUACUUUAGGGAACUUGCCCACAUUGCUGGGAUUUGAUGGGGGUUGUGUCCCAUUUUACUGUCUUUUAAGUUUACAUUUAACAUAUGUCUCUCUCUUCUCUGCUCCCUUCGCCCACUGGGGACUCCUCUUUGGCUCCUUAAAGUUUGCUGCUUUGAGUGGAAGUUUAGCAGGCAGGUGAUCAUGCUGCAAGUUCCUUCUGGACCUCUGGCAAAGAGAGUGAUUAGUGAAGGCCAUCACUCUCUUGGAUCUGCAAGGCGGGGUGUUUUCAGUACCUGCUGUUCAUAGCCCUCCACUGUUAACAGAAUACUUUGCCAGUGCACUAAUCUCUUUGGAGAUAAAAUUUGUUAGUAUGUUACUAAAUGUUAAUUUUUUUUUUCAGAAAAUACAGUACCACGUCUGAAUUAAUUAUUAAUAUUUAAAACUACUUCAUUCCUUAAUGCUACUUCAUUUGCUCUUCCCGCAGCCUAAUUCAGGCCCUUUGGCAGAAUUCUGUAAAAUGUGUGUCACCCACUACUGAGAUUGUUCAGUCCCUGAUGUAUUUGUAUUGAUUUGUUUCUGGUGGUAGCUUGUCCUAAAAUGUGUGUAGAAAGCAGAUAUUUUAUGAUAAAAUUGUUAUGUAGUGCAUGCUCUGUGUGGACUUCAGAGGAAAACCCAGAUUCAGUCAUUAACAAUGCCAAAAAGAAAAAAAAAUGCAAGUAACUAGCCAUUGUUCAAAUAACAGUGGUGCUAUCUCUUUUGUGGCCUUUUAGACUUUUGUUGCCCUAAAAUUCCAUUUUAUUGGGAACCCAUUUUCCACCUAGUCUUUCUUGACAGGGUUUUUUUCUAUUUUAAACAGUUUCUAAAUAAAAUUCUGUAUUUCAAGAGCA